AUGAGCAACAAAAAGUUCACAGGGGCUCCAUUUGGAACACAGUCUGCAAGGUUUGAUGUUUCAGGAGUCUACCCAUCCAAAAAGAAGAUUGGCACGUUCACAGAAAUCAACCACUGCAAGAGACUCAUAAGUGAUUUGGAGCGUAACCUGGGUCCAGGUCGGUAUGAGGUGGACACAGGGGACUUCAGCCCCCAGGUAGUCCAGAGCAGGGCCAUGGGACCAGGGUGGAAGAGGGAGCAGGAGAUGGCCCAGCAGGCCCAGAUGCCCCACCUGCUGUAUAGAGACACAUGGUUGACCAACCGCUUCCUGAGAAGCAGGGUAGGUCCAGGGAGGUAUGACAUCCAGGACUUCACAGAGCUCUGUAAGAAGCCGUACAGUGUGAGAGGAGUGUGUGACAGCAGGGAGGAGAGGUUUAAAGACUUCAUGAAGCAAACUACUCCAGGCCCAGGGACUUAUGGGAAGGGGGGCAUCCCAUCUGGGCUGCUGGAUGAGAGGAGGAGGAAGCCGAUUGGCUCCUGUCCCAUGAUGGACUUCAGUGCUGGAGUGGAACGCUUCCCAGACCUCAUAGUGGACUCUGGUCUGUGUCCUGGUACCUACAACUUACCGACCUUCACUGAGGUGCUCCUUAGUCGCCACAUCAGCAAACGAGGUCCCUAUGACCUCUUCACUGGCCGACGAGACAAGCCAAUCACCUGUGGAUAUUUUGCUGCCCCGAAAAAAGCCAAUCUGAAUCUGGCUACGGUCGCCAAGCCAGCAAAGGUCUUAUGUAAGGACGUUCUGCGACCAGAGAAAAGACACCACGGCAAGUUUGGCACCCUAGAGCAAUACCCUUCCCUCCCUACAGAACGCAUCUACCUGGGUUCCCUGCCCCAGUAUCCACGGCCAGCGCAGAGACACUCUGGUCAUGGAUUCUAUGAAGAUGUUUGUCUGCCCAAAGUGGAGAACCGCAACCCUCCUCCCUUCCUCUCCUCCUCUCCUCGUAUCACCCUGAGGGCCGAGAGGCUGAUGCAGGGGAACUAUACCACAGUGGGAGUGGGCCGUUACAACCUGGCUAAGAAGCGAACGAGGAAAACUCUAAAGAAAAACGUUAACGCUGGCUAUCGCUAUGUCUUCAAGUCCCGCAUGCCCAGAUAUCUACAUGACCUGCACAAGGACAACUUCAACCAGUAA